AUGGCCUACCCGCCCCCUCCAGGUAUCUCAAACGCCUCAUCCAACUCGUCGCACCCCUCGCUUCCCGCCCGUCCGCCUCCUUCGGCCAGCGCAUCAUCAGGCGGCAGCGGCGGCGGCUUCAAGUCCUCCUUCAAGCCGGCCUUCACACCCGCCCAAUCUUCCUACUCCAGCGCUCCCAGCUAUGGCGCCGGCAGCGCCCCGGCCGCCGGCCAGUACGGCCCUUCCUCCUACCCCACCUACCAGCAGCCCGCAUCCUCCAUGAGCGCCCCCUACCAGGCGCAGUCACAACCGUAUCGGUACCCCCAGCAGCCGCAGCAACCGAGCAGCAACACCUACCAGCAAGGCGCCUACAACGCGCCAGCGAGCGCAGCAUCCUACGGCGCCGGCCCCCAGAUCCGUAACCCCUUUCCCGCCCCCGGCACGGCCGCCGCCGCCGACCCCUCGUACGACCCCGAGCUCGCCGCCCAAAUAGCCCAAUGGCAGAGCGCCUACUCUGGCCGCGACGCCGCAGGCGCCUCCUCCUCAACCCCAGGUUCCGCGCCUUCGACCAUCCCCGGCCCGGAACCCGAUGCCGCGGCGGCGGCGGCCGCCGCAGCAGCCGCAGCAGCCGCCGCCACGGGAGACAAGAAGAAGACGGUCGUCCGCGAGGGCGGCGGCAAAAAGUGGACUGACGACACGCUCGUCGAGUGGGACCCAUCGCACCUGCGCCUCUUUGUCGGCAACCUCGCUGGCGAGGUGACGGACGAGUCCCUCCUCAAAGCCUUUGCGCGCUGGUCCUCGGUCGCCAAGGCCCGCGUCGUCCGCGACAAGCGCACGUCCAAGUCCAAGGGCUUCGGCUUCGUUGCCUUUAGCGACGCUGACGAUUUUUUCCAGGCUGCCAAGGAGAUGAACGGCAAGUACAUCCAGAGCCACCCCGUCGUCGUGCGCAAGGCCAACACGGAAAUCAAGGUCACCAACGUCAAGGAGAAAGGCCGUGGAAAGCACGGCAAGGACAACAAGAACAAGAACCGCGGUGGCAACGGCAGCGGCGUGGGCGGCAGGCAGGAGGGCGGUGCCGAUGCUACCUUGGGACCGGUGCACCACGGGGGCGUAUCGAAGCCGGGACAGAAGACGAAGAAUGGCCUCCGCCUGCUGGGUUAG